ACUGCAGCCAAUGAGGGCGCUCCACGUCACCCCGAGGCCACUCCAAUAAAACCCUUCUCGUUGCCCGCCGGCGGCGACCUCCAGACACGAGCCCGCCACCGCCGCACGCACCGCGAGGCUUCGAGCGGCUAGCUCGUCGUCGGGAGCCAAUUCACCGAACAUCCACGCCGUCCGUCCAUCCCAUGUCCGCCCGUCGCAGGCCCGCGGCGGCCGCUGCCGGGGCCACGCCUUCGCAGCCGCCACCGGCAGAUGCGGCGGCGGCGCCAGGCGAGCCGGCGAAGGAACCGGUUCUCCGGCCGCCGAACCUGGGCGUGGCCGCUGCGGCGGCGGUGCUCUUCCUCGCGCCCUUCUCGUACCUCGCGUUCGUGCACUACCCGCUGGACGCUGAUCUGCGGGGAUCCAUCCUCAAAUGCGGCGCCAUGAGCCUCGGUGGCUUCUUCAUCGUGCUCAAGCUCAUCCCGGUCGCGGCCCGCUACCACCUGCGCCGCCGAAUGUUCGGCUACGACAUCAACAAGAAGGGCUUGCCCACGGGCGAGAUCAAAGUGCCUGAGGCACUAGGUCUUGUUGUUGGGAUUGUCUACUUGGUCACUGCAAUUAUAUUUCAGCAGUUUCACUACGCAGAAGACUCCAUUUGGCUUGUUGAAUAUAAUGCAGCAUUGGCAUCAGUCUGUUUUAUGAUUCUUCUUGGAUUUGUUGACGAUGUUCUUGAUAUUCCAUGGAGAGUGAAACUGGCGCUGCCCACGAUUGCAGCACUUCCUUUGUUGAUGGCAUAUGCUGGUGGUACUUCCAUCAUCAUUCCAAAGCCUUUAACUCCUUAUGUUGGGCUAACAGUUUUGGAGCUAGGUUUAUUUUACAAGCUAUUCAUGCUCUUGUUAGCAGUCUUUUGUACAAACUCAAUAAAUAUACAUGCUGGCAUAAAUGGACUCGAAGUUGGGCAGACAGUUGUUAUAUCUGCUGCGGUUUUGAUACAUAAUGUAAUGCGCAUAGGGUCCUCUACAGACAUUGAAACUCAGCAAGCUCAUGAAUUCUCGAUUUAUCUUGUCUUGCCUUUCCUAACCACUUCAUUAGCUUUGCUAGCUUUUAACUGGUAUCCUUCUAUUGUUUUUGUUGGUGAUACCUACACCUACUUUGCUGGAAUGGCUUUGGCUGUGGUAGGAAUUCUGGGACAUUUCAGUGAGACGUUAUUGCUCUUCUUUUUACCUCAAGUUCUUAAUUUCUUGUGUUCGGUCCCACAGCUCUUUCACUUUGUUCCUUGCCCAAGACAUAGGUUGCCAAGGUUUGAUCCUCAAACAGGUCUGUUGACUGGUACCAAAGAUGGAAAUCUGGUCAACAUAUUCCUUAGAUUAUUUGGGAAGUGCUCAGAGAAGGCCCUUUGCAUAAGGCUCCUUAUUUUUCAGGCUCUAUGUUGCGUAUUCUGCUUCUGGCUAAGAUACAUGCUUACUGGAUGGUACAAAUGACCGACUUGCAGAAGACAUAUCACUCUACUUAUUGGAAAAAACAAUGGCAUCUGAUGACUACCGAUUCCAUCAACAUAUUUGUAGACUAACUGCCCAAAUUUUCCAAUACUGGUGGAAGAGCAUCAUGCCAUUCGCGCAAAUGCCUUUCUAUCAUUAGCCUUUGGAUUUGUUUCAUAUACUUCUUGUGCUAACUACAGCUCCUAAUUUCUUUUGUAACUACUAUGUACAAUGGCUUUGGCUUCAAGGAAGUUGGCUGUCCUGUACACCUUUGCAGCUUUGGUCUCUAGUCUUCCCGCCAUUGGGAAAAAUCUUGUUCUGAAUCACAGUACGAGAAAGUUAUAUAUGUUUCUGUAUCAAGAGUCCA